CAGUCGCAACUGCCUGAAGGUGCUAAGCCACUGACUUUUAUAUUGUAUGCCGACAAGACUAAGUUGUCAAAUGCUGGUACUGUGAAAGCCUAUCCUAUCAUUGCUCAGUUAGUAAACUUGCCUACAGACAUAUGGAAUGGAGAAGGUAUAAGUGGUGGUUAUAUUGUUGGCUGGCUACCAGUUGUGAAGGAGGACAAAGAAUUUGCAAAAAAGCCUGGCUGGGUUAACUUCAAGAACACAGUUUGGCACAAGGCAUUCUCAAGGAUCCUCUCAUCACUAUCAUCAAAAUCAAAAAUGGGUCAAUGGUUCAAAUGCUUAGACCAACUCUUACACUGGUUCUUCCUAUCAAUUCUCAUUUUGUCAGCAGAUUAUGAGGAGCAAUGUGUAAUGUCAUUAGUUCAAGGAGUAUGGAGCCUGUGGCCAUGCCAUAUUUUCCUGGUUCCUCAAGAUUCACUCUUGGAUGCAUCUAAAAGAUAUUCUCUCCAAACAAGCAACAACUCACAGGCAAUUAUCAAAUUAGCACAAAUGAAAUGCACUUUGGAGGAGAAAGAGAAAACACUGAAGGAGUAUGAGUUUUGUGGUGUGGAUUUGAGUGUUUCUUAA